CUAAUUAAGUACAAAUUUUAGUCUUGUUUUCUCACUUUGAAUGGUUGUAUUAUGGAAAUUCAAAGUAUUCAAAUGUAUUUGCCAAUAUUUUGUAUAUUGGUUAUUCUUGUUAAAUUAAAGUUAUGUUCGCGACAUUUACCCUUUGUUUUUAAAAUCGAGAACGCAUAUUUAAACUCAAACCGUCCCGUCGAAUUACCUUCCAUUUCGUUGAACUAACUCUCAACUGAGCAUAUUUCAAGAUAGUAAGUGUCAUGGCCAAUAUUCACAUAAACAGCGACAAUAUUGAAUAUACAUCUGAAAGUAUAAUCAGUAAAUACGUUUAUCAAACUACAAGUGUAAAUGUUGACAAAAGUCGAAUCUCUGUAAAGCCGGUUGAUUUUGAUGUCACAUUCAAAACAAAGAGAAAUGUCUCAAAACUUGGUAUAAUGCUUGUAGGCUGGGGAGGAAAUAAUGGUAGUACAUUUACUGGUGCACAUUUAGCAAACAAACAUAAGAUCUCUUGGAUGACAAAAUCUGGUGUGAAGGAACCUAACUGGUUUGGCUCAGUGCUUCAAUCGUCAACUGUUAGUCUUGGAUUUAGUCAAAAUGGAGAGAUAUAUGUCCCAAUGAGAGACAUGCUUCCAAUGGUUGAUCCAAAUGAUAUAAUAAUUGAUGGUUGGGAUAUUUCAUCAUUAAAUCUUGCCGAAGCUAUGAAACGUGCUGAAGUUUUUGAUUAUGAUCUUCAGAGACAGUUAAUUCCUCAUAUGGAAGGCUUAAAACCAAGAGCUGCAGUUCAUCGUCCUGAUUUUGUUGCUGCGAAUCAGUCUGAACGUGCUGACAAUGUUGUUUUGCUUGAUCAUGCUGCUGACCAAGUAACAUCAAUAAGAAACGAUAUCAAAGAUUUUAAAAGCAAACAUGAUGUUGAUACUGUUAUUGUAUUGUGGACAGCAAAUACUGAACGUUUUUGUGACAUCAUACCUGGUAUCCAUGACACUGCUGAAAAUCUAAUGAACAGUGUCAAAAGAAACGAAGCUGAGAUUUCAACAUCAACCAUUUAUGCAAUAGCAAGUAUUUUAGAAGGUUGCUCAUACAUCAAUGGAUCUCCUCAAAAUACUUUUGUACCAGGUGUUAUUGAACUUGCUGAGCAGUACAAUGUCUUUUUAGGAGGUGAUGACUUUAAAUCAGGACAAACAAAAAUAAAAUCAGUCCUUGUUGAUUUUUUGGUUAGUGCUGGAAUUAAACCAGUGUCUAUUGUCAGCUACAACCAUCUUGGAAACAAUGAUGGUAAAAAUUUGUCUGCUCCCAAACAGUUUCGAUCAAAGGAAAUAUCCAAAAGCAAUGUUGUAGAUGACAUGGUUGAAUCAAAUGAUAUUCUAUAUGGAAAAGAUGAAAAGCCAGAUCAUGUUGUUGUUAUCAAGUAUGUCCCAGCUGUUGGGGAUAGCAAACGUGCAAUGGAUGAAUAUAUAUCUGAGAUCUUGAUGCAUGGUACAAAUACACUUGCAAUCCAUAAUACAUGUGAAGAUUCAUUGUUGGCCACACCAAUCAUUUUGGACUUGGUUCUCCUCACUGAACUUUGUCAACGUGUUCAAAUAAAAGUUGGAACUGAUGGUGAAUACCAAAACUUUAAUACUAUUCUGUCAUUGUUAAGCUAUCUGUUAAAAGCUCCUCUUGUGCCCAAAGAUACACCUUUAGUAAAUGCUUUGUUUAAACAGAGGGCUGCUAUUGAAAAUAUUAUGCGUGCGAUGUUAUCACUUCCAGCUCAAAAUCAUAUGUUAUUAGAGUACAAACUGGCCGAUAUGAGUGUGUUUCAAAAAGAUCUACAAAUGAAGAACAUUCAAACAAUAGAAAAAUAUAACAGUUGUAUGAAAGUACCUAAAAGUAAAAUUGAAAAUGGACUUUAUACAAACGUUUUAAACAGUGCCAUUCAUUAAGUUCUUUAAAAGUAAACAUCUUUAUAACUUUCAGGCGUUUUACUAUUUUAUUUUAUUUACAUGACUUUUGCUUUUUAUUUAACAGGAAAUUCUUGUAUUUUGUUCUUGCAAAAAUACAACAACAACAACAAAACGA